AGUCACUGACAAUGAGUAUGAGCACAUGUUUACAUUGGGAGAGCGAAGAAUGGAGCCGAAUGCGAAAUCAAAACACUCGACCAAGUGAGACUGAAGUCAGCACUGCGAAGACCGGGGGUACUCUAUCACAUGACACCUCUCUUAAUAGAAGACAAGGAAGCCGUUUACACAGAGGAGGAGCAUGUGACCGGUUGACAACAUUUCUUUCUGGCUUCCAUGUUCCAAUCAAGCAGCUUCCUGAUGAAGACGGCUGUUAUCUCAAAGGGCAAAGUGUAACUCUCUCCUCUGAGACAUGACAAUUGUUCUUCUGCAGAUUUCCUAACAGAAGUUUCGUAGCCUUCUCACAUUAUGGCAUCCACAGUGGCACCUGUGCCUCAUGCCAUGUUGACCCCCUCGCCACCCCCAUCUCUGGACUUCGCCCUGGGUGCAUUGGCCUGCUGCGCAGCUUGUGUCUUCACCAACCCUUUAGAAGUGGUCAAGACCCGUCUGCAGCUUCAGGGAGAGCUUCGCGCACGGGGUACCUAUCAGAGGCACUACCGCGGGGUCCUCCAGGCCCUUUGGAUGGUGGGCCGUACGGACGGACUCCGGGGUCUUCAAAAGGGGCUCUCCGUCGGCUUGGUCUACCAGGGAUUGAUGAACGGCGUGAGGCUGGGUUGCUAUUCCUACUGUGAAGCUCUUGGUAUCACGUCGUACCAUGGAGGAAGUGUCCUAUCAGGAGCGGGCGCCGGGGCUCUUGGGGCAUUCGUUGCCUCUCCUGCCUACCUGGUGAAGACACAUCUGCAGGCUCAAACUGUAGAAGCCAUAGCAGUGGGCCAUCAGCAUAACCAUGUGGGAGUAUCUGAUGCUUUUGUUACUAUCUAUAGAAAAGAAGGUUUAAUUGGACUGUGGAGAGGUGUGAAUGGGGCCGUGCCUCGCGUCAUGGUUGGUUCAGCUGCACAACUAGCAACCUUCACCUCGGCCAAGGAGUGGGUGUUACAUUCCCAGUGGUUCAGUCCUGGUUCCAACUGGCUUGUGGCUUUAAUCGCAGCUAGCAUCAGCGGGGUCGCCGUGGCCAUCACCAUGACACCCUUUGAUGUCAUUAGUACACGGCUCUACAACCAACCAGUGGAUGAUUUUCACAGGGGCCGUCUCUACAAUGGCUUUUUCGAUUGUAUGCUGAAGGUGUGCAAAGCUGAAGGCCUGCUCGGUCUGUACAAAGGCAUGGGGCCGGUAUUUCUCCGCUUGGCUCCACACACAGUUCUCAGCAUGCUAUUCUGGGAUCUGAUGAGGCAACAAGCAAUGAAAAACAGACACACACAAGGAAAGGCCUGAAUGCACUCAAGUACACGCAGCAAAUGUUGCAAGAUGAAUUUUUUUUUUACCGUUAAAGGAGAACAAACAUCCCAUGAAGGAUGGUAAGAAGGAUUAACAUAAACUACUUGACCAACAAUGAACACAUGCUGCUCAGACAAGAAGCUCCUGUCAAGUUAUUGAAGUGUGUUUUGAAACUAUCUUAAUGUUAAUCAAUGACAAGACAUACUAUAUUUAUUUUCCACUUAACAGGGACUUACCUCAGGUCUAAUAUGAUUUAAUUUGAUUAUACAUUUGGAACAUUUGCUAUGCAUGUGCUGAUUGGAGUAUAAAUAAUUUUGGACAUGGAACCUUUUCACAAAAUGUCAAAAAAAUCACCUUACUGUGCUGCUGUUACCAAUUAGAUUGUUGAUCUUUUCUACAAAUAUCCAAUGAAUGCCUUUUUAACAACUGUAAAUAAUAAAUUACAUUCAUCAUGUUUCUUUGUUGAAAACAAAAAUUGCACAAUGUAGAUUAAACAUUUCGUGUGACACAA